AAAAAAAAAAAAAAAAUCCUCAAAAGUUGUUUUCCGAUAAAAAUAUAGUUCCAAACUUUUUCUUUCAGUUUCUUUCCUACCUCUCCAAAACACAUUUUCCCGGAAAAAACGAAACGAAACGAAACCACUCCCCUACCCCUCUUCGCUCUUCCCAACACCCUAACUUAAAAAAUUCACAGUGAAUUUUAUAUAUAGAAACAAAAUAAAAAAAUAAAAGAAAGGGAAGAGAAAAGGAUUCGAUGGGUGCGUCUCUAUCGAACCUAACAGAUGGAACCAAUGGGGCGGCGAUGGGGCCGGGAUUAGGGGACAUACCGGAGAGCUGCGUGGCGUGCGUUUUCACGUACUUGACGCCGCCGGAGAUUUGCAAUCUGGCGAGGUUGAAUCGCGCGUUCAGAGGGGCAGCAUCGUCGGAUUCGGUUUGGGAAAAGAAGUUGCCCGGCAAUUAUCAAAAUCUGCUGGUUUUGAUGCCACCUGAAAGGUAUCAGAAUUUGUCCAAAAAAGACAUUUUUGCCCUUCUCUCUCGCCCAAUUCCUUUUGAUGAUGGAAAUAAGGAAGUUUGGCUGGACAGAGUUACAGGGAGGGUAUGCAUGGCAAUAUCUGCAAAAGCGAUGACAAUAACUGGAAUCGAUGAUCGGAGAUAUUGGAAUUGGGUUUCUACUGAAGAAUCUAGAUUCAAUGUUGUGGCCUAUUUGCAGCAAAUAUGGUGGUUUGAAGUAGAUGGAGUAGUAAAGUUUCACUUUCCAGCUGAUAUAUAUACUCUCUCAUUCAGGCUUCACCUUGGAAGAUUUUCCAAAAGGUUGGGAAGACGGGUGUCUAGUUUUGAGCACACCCAUGGUUGGGACAUGAAGCCUGUAAGAUUUGAGUUGUCUACUGAUGAUCAGCUAGCAUCAUGUGAGUGCUAUUUAGAUGAUACUGAACAAGAUCAUGAAAAUGGGAACCAUAAGCGUGGAUGCUGGAGGGAGUACAAGGUAGGGGAAUUUAUUGUCAGCGACUCAGAACCAGCAACUGAAGUCAGAUUUUCCCUGAAACAGAUAGAUUGCACACAUUCUAAAGGAGGGCUUUGUGUAGAUUCUGUAUUUAUUAUCCCCACUGACCUAAAAGAGCGUCAAAGAAUAGGGAUUUUGAAAUAGCCAGAAACACAUCUGAGUUGUUUGUUAUCAUCAAUGAUCCCUGGAUAUUCCUUGUGGUGUUUCACACGUACAGUUUAUACUUCUAAAGGCAUUUGUUUUUUUAGAGGAUAUCAUCUUAAUUGGUUUUUGGAGUAGGUAUGUGUCCUCUAUGGUUAUGUAAGUUCCACUACCAUGUAUUUGUUCCAGUUUUGUUUCCUUUUACACCUCUGCAGGUAAAAUUAAGAGAUUAUGCUUGUUUAUCAUCUUGUUUUCACCAUGCGCUUUUGGUUAAAAUUUUUGUAACUUAGUUGUGAUGCAAAUGAGGUACAAUUCUAAGUUCUUUCUUAAAAUCUUAUUAACACAGUUUUAUUCCCUUUGUUGUUUCUUAAUGUUUAUAGAAAAUCUUCAUGGUUCUAGGAGAAGCCUUGUUUGCUCCCUUCUGAUCUCUAUGAAUUUUAAGUUUUUGCAACAAAUUGUUAAAUUAUUUUCCGUAGUUAUCACUAAAAUGAUUGUAUUAAUUAUGAAAUUCAUGGCAUCUGUACCACAAACUGUGGUUGUUUAGGUGGUGGAUUGAAUCCAGAUUCACUGCUUUCAUUAAGUGUUGUUGCAAGAAUGAUUGUGAAAGUGUUACAUGAACUAUAGGCCCUGUGGGUCUGCCUUGCCCAUUUUCUUUGGAAAAUCAACUCUAUCAGGUUGAUAUGGUUGGUUAAACCAUGGCGACCAUAGCCGAUACUUCUUGUUAUAUUGUAAUAGACUAACUCACUGAGGUUAGGUUGGUUUAGCCAUAAAUUCACUAACUUGAAUGACAUGAUCAAAAUCACUGUAUGCUCAUUAUCCUUUCAGCUUAUUCGUCUUGCUGUUCCAGUUCCUUGCACUUCUACCCUGGUUUUUAUUUAUCCAAUAAUUCAUUCAUUGAUAUUUCAUUUUCCAAAACUGUAGGCAAUAUGUUGACUUCAUUUGCUUAUCAUUACUUUUCCUUAGUUGACAAGUUGACAUUUAGUUCAGCCGUUUGCAUCCUCGAAUUCAUUGCUUCUGUUUGAUUUACGAUAUGGUAUUAGAAAAUUUUGACAGAAGAAAACAAAAUUUCACUACCUGGCUCUCUCAUGGUUUGAGUUGGCUUGUUUCUUGUAGGUAGGUUGUCUAGUUUAAAUACAUUGUCAUUCAUUGGUUCGUUCUAAAGUUUUUAUAAGAUAAAACUGCAAGUAAGCUGCAUUCCUAGUUUAAACUCUGACCUUAGGUCGAUAGUUUUCUUUACCAAAGGUUGGUCCACGGCGUCAUCUUACAGCCGUGAGUAAAUGAAAGAGGUUCGUGCUAGGCUGCAUCACGAGGAAGAAGCAGCAGGUUUAACGUUUACUUGUGUUUGAACUAGUCGUUUGUAAGUUUACAUCCAGAUAAUUUAAUAUGUGAGAGAGCUGUCCGAUUAUUGUUAUUAUUGUUGUAAAUUUUAGCAUAGCUGUAACAUUUCUGACAUUCAAAAUGCUAUGCCAUUGACAAGGUUAGGCCUUCCAAGUAUCUCUUUCUUCAAGGUGAUCACGUUUCAGUUGCAGAAGUGAAUAACGUUCACGAGAUUUCAUGUAGCUCAACAUUUAGACAUUGGUCCACGAUCGGCGCCGCGGCCCUAAUUUUCUUGUCCUUGUCUCGAGCCAUCGUCCAUGAGUUAGUUCCCAUAGGUUCAAAGAAGGUGCAUAUGACACUCUACAUAUCUGUAAAAAGUUGCCUAAAUCUGGAAUACUGGCAGUCUCACAACUUUAUGUAAACUAGACAGCGGCUUACUACCUAAUUAUGCUUAUGUGUUUAAGACAACGUCCUUGGAAGUUAGCCAACCUAUUCAGGAUUAAGGACCACUAGCACUUGUAUAAGGAUACCGUUGCUUGAAGACAU